AUGGAUGAUUCGACUCCUGCAUCUUCGCAUGUCGAACUAAAUUUGAAGUUGGAAAAACAUGUAGAGGAAGACAAAGUCGAUAAAACUUUGUUCAAACAAAUUGUCGGAUCUCUGAGAUAUGUGUGUAACAUUCAACCUGAUAUAGGUUUCUCAGUCGGAUCAGUAAGAAGAUACAUGAGUGAACCAAGAGUGUCAAACAUGAAGAUUGCAAGAAGAAUCCUGAGAUACUUAAAACGAUCGAUAAAUUAUGGAAUUCUAUUUCCACGAGAUUCUGAAAGCAAGGAAGAUGAGAUUACUUUCUAUUUAGAUGUUGGUUGGUGUGGAGAUGAGGAAGAUCAAAGAAGCACAAUUGGUUAUUUCUUUCAAGUAUUUGGUGCCCCAAUCUCAUUGUGCUCUAGAAAGCAACAUGUGGUAGCAUUGCCGUCGUGUGAGGCUGAAUAUAUAACAUAA